CUGCGCCACGACGUUACAGGCAAAUUCGGCAGCUAUCCACCCUCUCGUACUUAAAAAGUGUCCGGAGUCCUUCGUUUUGGUUUUCUCCAUUCCUGUAUCAUCACCGCGAUCUUGUCCCCAACUGCCUCAAUUCAUCAUGUCUCACUAUCCGCAACCGCCGUAUAAUCCAUACGGACAACCGCCUCCAGCUCAAGGCUAUCAUCAGCCUCCAUAUCCACCACAGGCUGGAUUCAACACUGGUCCUCCUCAUCCCCCUCCUCAGGGAUACCACCCCCCUCCCAAUAGUCAGUACAAUCGACCGGCCCCUCCCCCUCCUUCCCAUCCCCCCUCUUACCCCGCCGCCCACGGCGGCUACUACGGGGGCGGCCCACCACCUCCAUCUCCCUACGGCCACCAGCCAUAUCCUCCCCCACCGGGGCCUCCAAUGGGUGGCUAUCCUCAUCCAGCAGGCCAGUACCCUCCGCAACAACAUCCCCCUCAGGGACCGCCUUCCAUGCCCUCCCCGGGAUAUGUCCCGGGCCAGCUCGCACCAGGCGAUUACCGCCCGCAAGCCGAUCAACUCCGCAAAGCGAUGAAAGGAUUCGGUACGGAUGAAAAGGCUCUGAUCCAGGUUCUUGCACGGCUAGAUCCCCUCCAGAUGGCUGCUGUGAGAUCAACGUACUCAAGCCAUAUCGGCCGUGAUCUGUACAAGGAUAUCAAGUCCGAAACAGGCGGCUAUCUGGAGCAGGGUCUUCUCGCUAUCGUUGACGGCCCGCUUGCUCUUGAUGUCACACUCGUGCGCGAAGCAGUCAAGGGUGCCGGCACCAAGGAAUGGAUUCUCAACGACGUGCUCCUGGGCCGCUCCAAUGCGGAUCUCAACGCGAUCAAAUCCGCCUACCAGCUCAAAUACAACCGUUCUCUGUCCAAGGAUGUGGAAGAUGACCUCUCAUUUAAGACGCAGACGCUCUUCCGAGUCAUUCUCUCCGCCACGAGACACGAGGAAUGGUACACGGUCCCAUCCGCGCAAGCGGAAGCGGAAGCGCGAACCAUCCACGACUCUACGUCUGCUCGACUCGUCAAUGACGUUACUGAGGUGUGUUCGAUUUUCGCACAUGCCUCGGAUAACGAGCUGCGUGCCAUCAACCACGCCUUCCAGGCGAGGUAUCAUACGUCUCUGGAGAAGCAUAUCGCCAAAGAGUUCUCGGGCCACAUGAAGGAUGCACUGUUGAGAAUGCUGCAGACGGCUACUGAUCCGGCCAUGCGCGAUGCGGAGGCCCUUGAGGAUUGCAUGAAGGGCGCAGGAACCAAGGACGAGAAGCUUCUCACUCGGAUUGUCCGGCUGCAUUGGAAUCGUGGCCAUGUGAACCAGGUCAAGGGAGCCUAUCGUGUGAAGUAUGGGAAGGAUUUGAUCCAGCGGGUGAAGGGAGAGACCAGUGGGGAUUAUGAACGAUUGGUGGUUGCCAUGUUGGAGUAAACGUAUUACUUCUCGACAUUAUUACGUGCUUUUCUUUUCCAUGGAUCUAGAUUCGGGUUAUGGUCAAGGUUAGGAGGCCUUUUUUGUAUUUUUAUUGAUCUGUGAUAUCCCCCACACUGCUGAUUUGUGAUUACUUGCAUUUCUAAAUAUUACUUCAUGCAUAAAGAGGAAUGGUCUUGAGUCAACUUUGGCAAUGCCUUGUCACGGAUCCAAUAGCUGUUUCCCUUCCGGCCAGAUGAAACAGACUGCAGAUAAGCAGACAAUGGAUUCUGCCAGCAAGAGGAAUAGUCACUUUAUACUGAGUUGUAACUUAGCCAGCCCUCCAUACACCCAAAGUGGAAUUCCCCUGUACACUCCUCGCAGUUGAGAUACACAACAUCUUCUGAGUGAGGUUCACAGUGGGUGCCACAUUCCACAUCAGACAUGUCAUGGCCUUUUUACAACUAGCGAAGAACAAUGGUACAGCUGGUAUCUAUGCCCACCUUUUGAACUGAUUGUGCACAUUGCGCAUCCUCUCAUGACAUAUUUGGCUUUCCCUUGUCAAUAGGGUCCACUUUGAACUCAUUUCACCCGAAGAAAAGAAGAACCUUAAAACAAAGAGAGUGGAAGAGGAAAGGGAAGGAAAGACCUCUUUCAGGUUCACUCUGCUCUGACUGAGCGUGUGAUCUGCGCUGCGGUCCCUGCUUAGAUGCCGCGGCAUGUCGGCAAAAGUUAAGGUUUACUAUAUUGGGACCGGUCCCAUAAACUAGCGUGUGUCGAUCAUAGUUAACCUUAUCGACUUCCAAUGUGUAUAAUACAAUAAUUAAUGAUCUAUGUAGGCGUGCAAAAGACAUCAUGA